AGACGUGUUGACGUCUCGAAGAGGGAAACAGGAACAAGCGAGAUCAUUGUAACAACAUUGCGUCAAUGGCGCGUAGAUCCAGGCAGCUAGAUCGGUCUCACAUUCCACCUAUCCAAGCCCUAGCUAAGAAGAAGCACGUCUAUAUAUGGCAUUGUUCGAGCAUUCCUAUUUCCUCCGCAGGUUGUCCAGGGUGUGGAUAUGGAAGAUGUGCAUACUGCACAACGACGAGAGUACAAGUGCGAGCAUCUGCCGCUAAAUCUCAGUUGCAAAAGACAGAUAGUCCGGCUCUUUCUAUACGAGCGCUAUCACGCACUUCGGGUCACAGACCUUUGUCCAGUUCCAAUGCAUAUAAAAGUUGGGCUAAGCCCCCGGCAUCCGAUAUGGAUAUACAUCGUCAUAACCAACAAGCUUUCGACACGACCACAAGUGUAUGCAGUGGCGCAUCUCUGCAACGGAUCGUGUCAAGUGCCGAGUUAUGCGAAGAGAGACCGCUUUGAUACGACGGCCUGUAUUGGUGACAAAAUAGGAGGGCAGUGGAGAUAUAUCAAAACUAGCUACGACCUCUCUGAACAAGAUUAUCUUUUGGAACACAUUCCCAAAUUCGUCCUCAAA